CGUCGUACAGCAAACAUGGCGGCCUCCGGUGGAAAAACCGUGGGAUAUUUUCUUUGGAAAUUCGGAAAUUGCUGCUUCAAUUUGAACACAGUCUCGUCAAAUUUAACUGGCCAGGUGCUGUCCAGACAGCUAUGUGUGAGUGCUGUUCUCCACAGGAAGAACCUGGCUGCAGCGGGUUCAGAGAAGUUCUCAGAGGAGUUCAUCAAGAAGCAGGUGGAGGAGUUCAACAUCAGGAAGAGACAUCUAGCCAACAUGAUGGGAGAGGACCCUGAGACCUUCACUCAGGGGGACAUUAAUAGAAGCAUUGCAUACCUGUUCCCCUCCAGCCUGUUUGACAAUAAAGCCAAACCACUGAUGAAGCAUCCGGAUGAGGACACCUUCACUAAAGCCCUGGCAGUAGAGAAGCACCAGGACCGUCUGAGAGGAAAGGAUCUCUUCACCCAGGCCGCCAAGCAGAUAUCCAGGAUCAGUUUCCUAACCUUUGCCAUUAGUCAGGGAAAUGAUCGACUGACCCAAGAUCAGCGUCUAGGGGCUACUCCUAUUCUUCCAUGUUGUGUCUCUCGUCAGCAUGCACGGUUCAUCCAGCUGAUGGAGAGGUUGCUGUCUCUGCCCUACUGCUCUGUGGAGGAGGACUUUGUCCAGCGCUACCGCAGACAGCUAGAGAUCCAGUCCUCCAAGCAGCAGGUCCAGCCCCUACAGUACGACCAGCACGGAGUGGCUUACAGCACCGGAGAUGCCAGAAGGAAGACCGCUACGGGUACUGUCCUACUGAGAGACAGCGGUUCAGGAUCCAUCAGCAUCAAUGGGACAAACUAUGUCCACUACUUCCCUGUCCUGCAAGACCGAGAGCAGUUGAUGUUCCCCCUCCACCUCAUGUAGGUGCUGGGGAGGUUUGACAUGCAGUGCAUUGUGAGUGGCGGGGGCCAUUCCAGCCAGGUGGGGGCGCUACGCCUUUCCAUCUCCCGCGCCAUGCUGAGCUUUCUGACUGAGGUACAGGUGGAGACCAUGAGACAAGCUGGGCUGCUGACCCCUGACCCCAGAAUUAAGGAGAGGAAGAAGCCGGGCCAGGAGGGAGCGAGGAGGAAGUUCACCUGGAAGAAACGCUGAGGUGGAGGGGACAGAAUAGAACUGGACACAGGGAAAUCACAGCAACAUCUUCAUCAUUAUCUUCCUCUGAGAUCAGAACUGUUAUUAGUAAGUGGACAAAUUGUUCAUCCAACCCCUGUUGUAGCUUUUUAUAUGUCCCCUAAAGGUUAUUUAGAUCUGGAAAUAGCCACCAAGUACAUGACUCAAAUACAUGUACAAAUUCAAAGGGGUUCUGUCCAUGUGAGGGCAGAAUGCCCAACUCCAUAUAGGCUGUAAUGUUUUUUUUCUGCCACCAGAGGGCCAUCUCUGGCAAUACACCUAUCCAUUGUCUUUGUCUGUAUAUUGAAAAUAAAAUUUUGUUUUUCAUAUA